CUAAAUCAUCACUAACAGAGUGAAGAGUUGAAUAAGCUCAUUAAACACUUUUGGUAACUAUAUAAAAGUACUACCAUCUCAUUUUGAUGGUUUUAAUCAUCCGCAACAACAGAAUACAGUCAAGGAGACAUUCUAAGAUAAAACAUCUGUGGUCGUGCGUGGUGAAUGAUACGAAACAGGGCAACGUGGAGCACGUACAAAAAUCAGACACCUUAUUCAUGAACAACAUGGCGGAAGAGCCAAGCGAAAAUAUGCGUCAAGUCAAAGUUAUGGGUUUAUUAUUCCUCUACAGUGCAGCAAUGUUCACACUGCCAUUUGCAGCAUUCUUUGGAGCGCAACAUGUAAUGCGAAAGGAAUUUCAAACCGAUCACUUUACUACAAGCUGUGUUUCCGUCUUAUCAGCUGUGAUAACAGUGAAUUUGAUUAUUGCUAGUUACGCGUACCGGGCUUACUAUGAACCUGAUGAUCCCAUUAAAUCUGACGACCAAAUAGUGGUCGAUGAUAGACCAAAAUCCAUAAACGACCUCAAUACAAAAGAAGACUGAGGGGACUAUCUUCUGAGAUUCAAUAGAGAAGUUAAUUCCAAUAUAGCUAGCAAUUUUAACUUUUGUAAUGAAAAGUAUUUUGUAAUUCGUCGCUGCUCUUUGUACUAAAAAUAGACAAAGGUAUGAUGUACAUACACAUACGCCUAUUUCUGAAACAAAACAAACGUUUCUAGUCGUACAGAUUCAGUUUCUGGCUACAAGUGUAUAUGUUGUUAAAAUAAACAGUCUAAUAUUAUUACCGA